AUGGUCGACCGGCCCAACAAGCCCGCCGCCCUGGCAACCACGCCCGGCCUGCCGCCCCAAGCGACCGUCAACAUCACCCACUCAAACACCCGCGUAACCGCCACCCUCCCCACCGGCGAAUCCGUCUCCGUCCUCCUCCACGGCGCCACCGUCCUCUCCUGGAAGUCCGCAUCCGGCCGCGACCGCCUCUGGCUCUCCGAGAACACCGUCUUCGACGGCACGAAGCCCGUCCGCGGCGGCAUCCCCCUCGUCUUCCCCGUCUUCGGCCCCCCCUCCGACGCCCACCCGCCCACCGCCAAGCUCUCCCAGCACGGCUUCGCCCGCUCCUCCCGCUGGGAGUUCCUCGGCAAGUCCACCAGCGAGGGCAGCGACAACUCCUCCGUGAAGCUCGACUUCGGCCUGUCCUCGGCCAACCUCGACGACGAGACCAAGGCCAAGUGGGGGUACAAGUUCGGCGCCAUCUACAGCGUCACCCUCGACCGCGAGUCUCUCUCGACGUCAAUCGUCAUCACGAACGAGGGCGAGGAGGCGUUUGACUGCCAGGUCCUGCUGCACACCUACCUCCGCGUAAACGACAUCACAAAAAUUUCAGUCCAAGGCCUCGACAACGCCCCGUACACCGACAAGGUCGACGCCGGCGCCGCAAAGACCCAGUCUGGCGACAUCACAAUCACCUCCGAGACAGACCGCAUCUACACGCCCCCCGCCGGCCCCAAGGCCCCCGUCACCGUCGUCGAGGCCGGCGAGCCCGUCUACUCCGUCGUGCGCGACAACCUCGACAAUGUCGUCGUCUGGAACCCUUGGAUCGAAAAGGCCGAGGGCAUCGCCGACUUCGCCCCCAAGGACGGCUACAAGAACAUGCUGUGCGUCGAGCCCGGCGCCGUCAAGGGCUGGCAGAAGCUGGAGCCCAACGAUGCCUUCGAGGGCGCCCAGGUCAUCACUGCUUUGUGA